AUGUUUGCAGAGCACUUUCCAGUUGUUCCUGAUGAGGCACCCCCGGAAUUUCAACUGGAACUCACUGAUCUUCAGUCAUGUGACAGUCUACGAAACAAGUUUAAGGAAGAGAGUGAAGUGGAGGAGGACAUUCCAGGAGAUGUCACCACAGAAAAUCCCAGUAAGAAUUCUGAGAGAAACUUUAUAUCACAUAAGGAUGAAGAUAUCACGCAGCGUUUAGGGGAAAACCUCAUAAUCCUUAAUGUACAUCCAGGACUUCACAGUACAGAUCUAUCGUAUAAUCUUCCUAAUCAUGAGGAACCUUCUCCUGACCAAUCACAGAUUGUUACCACAAGUACAGGUCAGAAAGAGGGGGAAAGGUUUCAGUGUGGUAAAGAGUUUACAAAAAGCUCAGGUCUUACCACAUACACAGGAAUUCACACAGGAGAGAAGACACACUCCUGCUCAGAAUGUGGGAAAUGUUUUACACAUAAAUCGAAUUUUUUUACACAUCAGAGAAUUCACACUGGAAAGAAACCAUAUUCAUGUUCAGAAUGUGGGAAAUGUUUUACACUGAAACCAUAUCUUGUUAAACAUGAGAGAAUUCACACAGGAGAGAAGCCAUAUUCAUGUUUAGAAUGUGGGAAAUGUUUUAUACAAAAAUCUGAUCUUUCCACACAUGAGAGAAGUCACACAGGAGAGAAACCAUAUUGGUGUUCAGAAUGUGGGAAAUGUUUUGCUCGGAGAUCAUAUCUCGUUACACAUCAGAGAAUUCACACAGGAGAGAAGCCAUAUUCAUGUUUAAAAUGUGGGAAAUGUUUUAAAGAUAAAUCGUGCCUUGUUACACAUGAGAGAACUCAUACAGGAGAGAAACCGUAUUCGUGUUCAAAAUGUGGGAAAUGUUUUACACAAAAGUCAUCUCUUGUUAUACAUGAGAGAAUUCACACAGGAGAGAAACCAUAUUCAUGUUCAGAAUGUGGGAAAUGUUUUAAAGAUAAAUCAAACCUUGUUACACAUGAGAGAACUCACACAGGAGAGAAACCAUAUUCAUGUUCAGAAUGUGGGAAAUGUUUUACAGAUAAAUCAUAUUUUGUUAAACAUGAGAGAAUUCACACAGGAGAGAAGCCGUAUUCAUGUUCAGAAUGUGGAAAAGGUUUUACCCAAAAAUCAUAUCUUGCUAUACAUGAGAGAAUUCACACAGGGGAAAAGCCAUUCUCCUGUUCAGAAUGUGGGAAGUGCUUUACAGUGAAGUCAAACCUUGCUGCACAUAAGAGAGUUCACACAGGAGAGAAGCCGCAUUCAUGUUCAGAAUGUGGGAAAUGUUUUACACAAAAAUCGGAUCUUGUUAAACAUCAGAGAAUUCACACAGGAGAGAAUCUGUAUCCAUGUUCACAAUGUGGGAAGUGUUUUACAGGAAAAUCAAAACUUGUAAUUCAUGAAAGAAGUCACACAGGAGAGAAGCCAUAUUCAUGUUCAGAAUGUGGAAAAUGUUUUACACAACAAUCAUAUCUUGUUAUACAUGAGAGACUUCACACAGGAGAGAAGCCAUAUUCAUGUUUAGAAUGUGGGGAAUGUUUUCCACGAAAAUCAUAUCUCCUUACACAUGAGAAACGUCACACAGGAGAAAAACCAUAUUCAUGUUCAGAAUGUGGGAAAUGUUUUACAAGGAAAUCAAAUCUUGUUACACAUGAGAGAAGUCACACAGUAGAGAAGCAGUAUUCAUGUUCAGAAUGUGGGAAAUGUUUUACGCAACAGUAUUAUCUUGGUAUACAUGAGAGAAUUCACACAGGAGAGAAGCCGUAUUCAUGUUUACAAUGUGGGAAAUGUUUUACACAAAAAUCAUAUCUUGCUGUGCAUGAGAGAAUGCACACAGGAGAGAAACCUUAUUCAUGUUCACAAUGUGGGAAAAGUUUUCAACGGAAAUCAACUCUUCUUAUACAUGAGAGAAGUCACACAGGAGAGAAACCAUAUUCGUGUUCAGAAUGUGGGAAAUGUUUUACAGAUAAAUCAUAUCUUGUUACACAUGAGAGAAUUCACACAGGAGAGAAACCAUAUUCAUGUUCAGAAUGUGGGAAAUGUUUUAAAUGGAAAUCACAACAUGUUGUACAUGAAAGAAUUCACACACGAGAGAAGCCAAUUCCACAUAUUUAAAGGGAUCCUGUCAGAUUGAACAUGAUGUUUGAGCUGCAGGCAACAUGUUAUAGAGCAGAUUCAUAUAUAGUUUUAAGGCAAAAAAAAUCAAUUUAACGUUUC